AGAUUAAAAUCACUGUCAUAAAACGCUUUGAAACUUAUUUGAAAAAAAUUAAAUACAAAAUUAUCUUUAAUUCAUCCGAAAUUACACUGUUCUCGUAUUUAGAUGUUGAUUAAUCAUAUAAGAAUUUCCGCUCAAUGCGAUAAUUAACAAAAUCAACAAUUUUUAUCGAAAAUUGUAUGAUUUUUUUUAUUUAAUGGCUCAUAUCUCCGAAAAGUUAAGUUUUCAGAGUAUACUUCAAGAGGACAUGUUAAUACUUAUUAAAAAUUGUAUGGAAGUUAACAAUAUGAGUCAAGCCAGUUUUGAUUCUUUAACCUCAUUUUUCAAAAUUCCACUUUUUUCAUUUAUCGAAAAUAGAACAUAUAAUUUCCAACUUAAAUAUUUCGUGUUGCACGUCUCAAAUAAUGUUUCAAAUCCAAAUAUUGGUGUCGUUUUUCUUCCGCAUCAAGCUGUUUUAAAUGUCGUGAAAGAAUUUGAAAGGUACGACAAGGAAAAUAAAUGCGAAUUUAAUAUAGAAAUGUUGACAACAAUUUCAAAUGAUGAUAGUUUUAAAGUCGGAUGUGAUAAAAUAAAAUUUUUACAGCUCUUGAUAUUAUUUGCGAAAACCCACAAUAAUUCUGUCAAUUAUUUAAACAUUUUACAAGUGUUGUUGAUGUAUAUACGUCUUGUUAAACACGACUACAAUGUGAUAACAGAAGAUCAUCUUCGAAAAUCAAUAAUAUUUUAAGAACUUAAAAUUAUUAUAUAUUAAUUAAUAUAUAAUUUUAAGUUUUAUAAAUUGGUUCAUAUUAAAACUAUUUAAAACAAAUGU